ACACACACACACACAUACACAUCACCUCGAAACUGGGAGCUGAUCGAGUUUCUCGCUGUAAAAUCUCCCGCCAUCUCCGGCACUGUACAACAUAACAUCAACACGGCAUCGUCUGCAGCGCGAGAAACUUCCCUCUCGAGGACAGGCCUGCACCACCCUCUUCUGGACCACAGAGCAGUAGCCGUAAAAAAGCGGAACAAUACCAUCGAGGGAUAUAAACUCGACGAGUGACGGACAAUGGCAACACCAAUAAGAGAUGCUCCUCGAAGACGAUCUUCCAGACAGGCUCUGGCCAUAAUUCCAGAUACUACCAUCUCAAAUUCAUCGCCGCUUGCAGUUGGUGCUACCACUAGAGGGAGAGAAAGUAUGGAACCAAGCAAACCAGCUCCAAGUCCCGAUGAAUUGGUUAUACAAAAAAGAGGCAGACGCAGUAUGAUUGUAUGGUCACCCGAAGCUGAUGGUACCAAGAGAGAAUCCAUCUUUAGCGAUCGUACACCUGGGAAGACUCCUAAAAAGAAAGGUGAUCAAGAAAAACAAGAUAAACAAUACAAAAACACACCUAGAAAGAAACUUAAUUUAGGAGAGGACGAUAUUGAGAUGCUAUCAGAACAGCCCAGAGUUUCACCCAAACCAUUCACUGGUGAAUUAAUCAAUGGACUUAAAGGUUUGAGUAAAGAACAAUUAAUUAAAAUGUUGAUGGAUCUCAUACAGUUAGAAGAAGAUCAAGGAUUAGAACCUAACAAUAGUUUAAGAGAAAUAGUGAUGAAAAAUAUGCCAGUAGCUGAUAUACAACCACUCAAAGAAAGACUGUCUUCUAUAAGACAAAAUAUUUCUGCUAGUCUAGUAUCUUCAAAUGAAGAUGAACCACCGUAUACUCGAGCUGUCAUUCAUUUGGACAAUUUUCAGAAAGCUAUCAUGGAGCAUACAAAAAUGCUAACAGAUUCUCAACAUUGGUCAGCUACUAUUCAAUAUAUAUUUGCUGCUUGGUCAAUUACUCGGGAUCUUCCAGAAUGGAAAAAUAAUGGUGUGCAAAGCGAGAGACAACGGAGCUUUAAACUUUUAGCAGACACUUGCUACAACGCAUUGGAAGAAGGAAAAUUUUCAACAAAUACGCUCAAUAUCUACAAAGAAAAACUGAAGACGUAUGUUGGAGAUUAUGACGACAUCAAUCGUUGUAUACAAUUUAUAAAAAAAGCGAGUGCGUGACUCCCACCUGAUCGGUUAGAAUAAACCAAUGUGACAUAAUUUUAUAAUGUAUAUAUCUUUAUAUAUAUUACUGAUGAUAAUAUAUAUUUAAAAAAAUGAUUUUUUUAUAUAUUCGCGUAAUGUUGGACACAUGAGCCGAUAUCAAAUCAGUGAUUAGUUUUAUGACAACGUCAUUUCAGACGCAAAGACUCAUAAGUUAAAAUGAACCAGUAAUCAAAUCUGUUAUAACUGUAUAUCAUUAGCAAGAUCUGUUAUUUUUGUUUAUGUACACGGAUACCACUGACAACUGCAUUAAUAUUAUUGUGUAUACUUUCAUAAAGUAGAGUAACUUCUUGUGAUAGUAUUAUUGUACAUGUAUUUCUAGCAUAUAGCAAUGUUCAAUUUAUUUUUAUCUAUUUUUAUUAACGAGUUGUAUCUUUACCUAUUGUUUAUAGUCGUAUUUGACCAUAAAUUAAUGCGGACGAGAUUAUGUCAAACCAGUGAAUAAGCAUGUUAAGAUAUUUAUAUAUAAUGUUUGUAUUAUAUUUAUAGCAAAAAAAGAAAUAUUUUCAUAUGAAGAUAUAGAUCAGAGUAUAAUAAAUGACGUCGUAGCAAUUA